AUUUUUUGAUAUUUUUUUUCACACUGCACACAUGACAGUUUUUGAAAAUAAUGGCCAGCUCAUCUAGAAAAUGGCAAUUUACUGAUGAUGAAAUUCGUGAGAAAUUAAAAGAACUUGGAUACAAUAACAUUCCAAAUGAAGCUCUUAGGGAAUUUUCAAAUGAUCUUCACGAGCUUAUUUUUUCCGAAAGUGCAACGGAUUUCACCCCUCCAGUUAAUGGCGAACAGGAAGACUCCAUUUCAAAUUCAAUUUUAAUGUCAGAUACAUCAGAUUCCACUUCUACUGAAAGUAGUAUAACUUACCCAUCACAAACGCCUGAAUCAAAAAGAAUUGAUGAAUCAGUGACUCAAAAACGCAAAGGAUACAAUCCCAAGUAUUAUGUGAAAGAAAACACUUAUAAUAAGGAGAAUGGAAAUUUUGCUCAGAUAAAAAGAAAGGUUUUGCGGAAAAGAAACGGUGAAACACAUGUAUUUGAUGAGUCUUUCAGUCAAGAAAAUGCUACAGAUGUUUCAGAUUUGGAAAAAAGAUUACAGCAACUACCAUUGAAGGAUAAUUAUGAAAAUAGUGACGAUGAUACAAUGUCAGAAAGAUCUUCUGUUUUACAGCCGUGGAGACAAAAUAGACAUUCAUUACCAUCAUUUAUUCGACCCAAACAAGAUGUUCUUAAUUCUAAAAACAAUCGAAAAACUGAUCCAGUGAGAAGAUAUCAUCAAUUUAAAGAAGAAUGGUCAUCAAAUAAAGUUCCUGGAGAAAAACUGCAUAAGAAUUUAAGAUGGUCAACUAGGGAACAAAUGCUACGAUAUGAACCUGUUGAGAAACCCAGACAUUCUCAUGCACCUAACAAUUACGUAGCACCAACACAAAAAAAACGACAGGCAUUACGUUAGAAGUGCCUUAGCAAACUACUGAAUUUAGAGGUGUACGUGCCGUACAUAUUUGUAAAAAUUAUUUAAAUAAAUCUAUUUCUAUUGUAUGUUUAUGUAAUAUUUCAGGGAUAGUGGCAUAUUGUCAUUGUAAUAUUGAUAAUUGGAGGGCAUGUAUUCUUGUGUUUUACUAAAAUAUAUUCUUAUGCUACACUUCGUAA